AUGGCAACUGCAGAAGAGGCUCCGCCCCUUGUUGUUGAUGCUGGUGAAAGCCAAGCCCCAGGCCCUGCUGCAGCGCCAACACUUGUGUGUAAGGCAAAGAAAUGCAAGAAAAUAGAAGACUUGGAGCCGUGCUGGAAUGAGGCGUGUCAGAACCACAUGCACGCAACGUGCAACAAGAUGCUACUUGACUUUAAUAACAUUCCUCCUGAACAGCGUCCAGCAGAAGAAGACCACAUUUUCUUUUGUGGCAAACGCUGCUACAACAAAUGGUGGAAGCAAGAGCAGAGCAAGUCUGAUGGCACUAAAAAACAAAAAUAUGUUACUUGGGAAGAAGAUGGUUCCCAGCAAAUUCUCCUGAAUUGGAUUACUACUGUCGACAACUACAGCAAAUACUGUGGAUCUACUGAAAAUAAUGGAACCUCCAAAGCUCAGUAUCAUCGCAUAAUUUCUGAAUUGAUUGUCAAACAAACUAAUGGGCAAAGCCAGAAAACCGCCAGGGAUGUUGCCAACAAAAUCCAGAAGCUGGAAGCUCAAUUCAGAAAAGCAAGUGAUUGGCUUAAUUGUACUGGUGCAGGGCUCGAAACAGGUCCUGGCAAUAUAUCAGUCUAUGUUAAAGAAAAGUUGUGCCCUUUCUACUAUGAGCUGGAAUGUGUUAUGGGCGAUAGACCUAAUGCUCAGCCAUUGGCAACCAACGAAGAUGACGAUAUCAACAAUGUCGAUGAUGACGAUGAUGAUGGCAGUACCAGUGUGGCCAUUGAUAAUAUUGAUGAGGACGAUGAAGACGUCGAUGAUGACGAGAUUGAAUCGGAACAACCACCAGCAGCAGCAGGAGCAGGUCCUAAGACACCAACUGCAAAGGAUAGCGGCAAAAAGAAGCGCCUUUCCAGCUCAGGCAACAAAAAGCCAUCCAAAACCAGAAGGGGUGCUGAUGAUGGCAUUCUAGCAUCAUUGUUGGAUGAAGAUUCCGAUGACGAUGAGAAAGAAAAUUCAUUCAAGUCACUCCGAAAGAGAGAAGUAGAGGCAAAGGAAAAGGAAGCCACUGCUCUGCAGCUUAAAACUCAAAAGGAAGUUCAGUUGCUCGACAUGCAGUUGCAACAACAGCAGCAAAAGCAUCUCAUCGAUCUUUUGAAAUCACGCAAGGAGUUGGAAGAUGUUGGAUACACCGAAGCCGAGCUUGAUGAAAUGCUGGGGCCGUUGCCGGCGAAUAGUAUUUGA